CGGAGGCGCGGAAGUCAGACGGAGCUGGAGCCGCUCCUGGCACGAUGUCGCGGGGGGCGAAGGCAGCAGUGGUCCUGUGUAUGGAUGUCGGCUUUUCUAUGAGCAAUUCUGGUCCUGGAGAAGAAUCUCCUUUUGAACAAGCCAAAAAAGUGAUGACAAUGUUUGUUCAGCGACAGGUGUUUGCUGAGAGUAAAGAUGAAAUCGCCUUGGUUUUAUUUGGCACAGAGGACACUGCAAAUAGCCUUGCUAGCGGGGACCAAUAUCAGCAUAUCACUGUGCACAGACACCUGAUGAUGCCGGAUUUUGAUUUGCUGGAAGACAUACAAAAUAUGGUUCAGCCUGGCUCUGAACAUGGGGACAUUCUUGAUGCUCUUGUUGUUUGCAUGGACUUGCUCCAAAAGGAAACAAUUGGGAAAAAAUAUGACAAACGACACAUUGAAGUUUUUACAGACCUCAGUAGUCCCUUCAGUGAGGAUCAACUGGAUGUUAUCAUUGCUAACAUGAAGAAUACUGGUAUUUCGCUUCAGUUUUUCUUGCCAUUUCCAGCAAAUGACGAAGACGGAAGCGGGGACGCGGGGAAUGGUGUGCAUUCCAGUAGGGACCAAAACCCUUUUCCAAGGAAGGGGCUAUCUGGGCAGCAGAAGGAAGGCAUACAGGUGGUGAGAAAUCUUAUGCUUUCCUUAGCCAAAGAAGAAGGCCUGGAGGACAUUUACACUUUCAGAGAGAGUCUGGAGCGCCUUUCAGUGUUUAAGAAGGUUGAACGGAAACCUAUGGCUUGGCCUUGCCAGCUCACAAUUGGUUCUCAAUUGUCUAUAAGGAUUGUGGCCUACAAAGCAUUCACCGAGGAAAAAGUGAAAAAAACUUGGAUGGUUGUAGAUGCCAAGACACUAAGAAGAGAAGAUGUGCAGAAAGAAACAGUUUACUGCUUGAAUGACGAUGAUGAAACGGAAGUUCAGAAGGAGGAUGUUAUUCAAGGAUUCCGCUAUGGGAGCGAUAUAGUUCCUUUCUCUAAGGUAGACGAGGAACAGAUGAAAUACAAGACGGAUGGGAAAUGUUUUGCUGUCUUGGGGUUCACAAGAUCAUCUCAGGUCCAGAGACAUCGCUACAUGGGAAAUCAGGUUCUAAAAGUCUUCCCGGCAAAGGAUGAUGAGGCUGCAGCCGUGGCUCUUUCUGCCCUCAUUCAUGCUUUGGAUGAGUUGGAUAUGGUGGCCAUAGUGCGUUAUGUCUAUGACAGAAGAUCGCACCCGCAAGUUGGAGUAGCCUUUCCAUUAAUUAAGAAUGAAUAUGAGUGUUUGGCCUAUGUACAGCUACCGUAUAUGGAAGAUUUGAGGCAAUACAUGUUUUCCUCCUUAAAAAACAAUAAAAAGUUUACACCAACAGAGGAUCAGUUGUGUGCAGUUGACUCUCUGAUUGACUCCAUGAGUUUGGUUUAUGAAGAUGAGAGUGAAGGGACCAGCCAGGAUAUAUUUAAAACCAGCAAAUUCCCCAACCCUCAAUUUCAAAGAUUGUACCAGUGCCUACAGCAUAAGGCUUUCUAUCCUGAUGUACCUUUGCCUCCUAUUGAAAAACACCUCUCAGACAUGUUGGGGACACCACAAGAAGUGACUGAGAAAUGCCAGGCUCCCCUUGAGAAAUUAAAAUUGCUUUUUCCCUUGAAGGAAGCAGAUAAAAUUAAAGAGCAGAAGACAGCUCAGCAUAUCUUCAAAGAUAAUAAUGAAGAUGGGCCUAAUGCUAAAAAGGCAAAAACAGAAGAUGAUGAAGGAGACUUUAGGAUUGCAAACCUUGCUGAAGGCAAUGUCACCAUAGUUGGAAGUGUUAAUCCUGCAGAAAACUUCAAAGUGCUGGUGAGGCAGAAAAAUGUUGACUUCAAGGAUGGUAUAAAGGUGUAUCCGGUUAUUCUGGGUGAGAGUGAAUUGGCAGGCUCUCUCUUGAAACAUCAAAUCUCCCACUUAAUUGUUAUUCAGGCCAGAGGAUGUCUUUCUCUCCCAAGUCUUUUUCUCAAGCCGAAGUCCCGUCAAGACUAUUCUGCAUCAGUUUCUUUUUUCUUCCUAUGGGUGAGUGAUUUGUCAGUGAUGGCAAAUCUGAUUUGGAAGAUUUGGCAGUACAUGCAUUUGAGGUCGGAGAUCCUGUUGGCCAACAAGUUCCAUUUCCUUGAACAGAGGACCCUUUUUACAAAGGUUGCAGUGACCCUGCAGACUCUCAACAUCCAGACUUUGUGUGCUGGUUGCAGUCAGUGUCAGCCUUUUUUUAAAUACAGCAUUGACCACUUCUGUUGUUUCAGCAAAGUCCCGGGAAGCCCAAAGCAUAUAUAGACCCCAAAUAUUUGAUAUUCAUUUGAUGCAUUAGAAUACUUUGAUGAACUAUUACCUGAAAUACUCUAAUUUCCUUUACGCCUUUGGCCUUGGACUCUCUCUCUCUCUCUCUCUCUCUCUCUCUCUCUCUCUCUCUCUCUCUGUGUGUGUGUGUGUGUGUGUGUGUGUGUGAUGGAGAGAAUGAAAAAAGAGAGUAGGGUUUCUAGCUAGAUUACAUAAUUAUUUAUUUGUUAAUAAAAAUAUUUCUAUACUGCUGUAUCAUAAAAGAUGAAGUGCUUAACAAAAAGCAUAUGGGUCAAAAAAAGCCACAUAGAAAAUUAAAAUCAAAGAACAUCAACUAAUUGCUAUGGAAUGAAGUUUUCUUAAUUGCCUGUGUCUACUGCUUGCUGGCGUAGAAAAGUCUUCAGCAGGCAUUGAAAGGUUACAACAGAAGGACAAUCUGUAUUGACAGAGCAUUCUACAGGACUGGGCCGAUGGCACUAAUGACUCAGUUUCUUAUUUUAAUCCUCCUUUCCUACAGUCAUAGGAACAUAGGAAGCUGCCUUAUACCAGAUCAGAAUAUUGGCCCAUUUAGCUUGGUAUUUUCUACACUGACUGGCAAUGGCUCUGCAGAAUUUCAGACAAGGGUCUCUCCCACCCUUACCUGGAGUUGCUGGUGACUGAACCUGGGCCCUUCGGCAUGCAAAGCUGAUGCUCUACUACUAAGCUGCAGCCCUUCAGUCUCACUCAAACUCCUGGGGAAAGCCAUUGCAUGCAGCUAUGUGGGUUAUUGUAAUACUUGAAAGCAGAUGGAGCAGAGAGCUCAGGUAACUGCCCACAUUUGCUUGUGGUUGGACAGGGCCAUCCACCUCCUCCCUUUCGCUUUGUUGGAAUUGGCAAGUGUGGGGACAUAAGCAGUUGCCCUAUAACAAGUUGGGAGUGGCUCUCCAUGUUUUCAGGCAGGACCUACCUGGAGAUCUUGAGAAUUGAACCUGGGGCUUUCCACAUGCAGAGCAGAUGGUUUGCCCAGAUUUACAGCCCUUUUCUUGGGUCAUAUGAGAUCAUGGGGAUUUGUAUGUUGUGUUAGAUUCAGAUGUGCUAGUCGCUCUGCCUUAUGUUUCUUGUUUAUUUCUAGUACUGAAUUCUACUGCUUCAUUGAACGAUUCAAGCAGAUUUUUAGUCCCAGGGGAGCUAUUACCAAAAAAGUGCUAUCACUAAGCAGAAAUGGGCUCAGGUCUGUUUUCAGAUAUCUGCUAGUGUCAUAGGAGAGAAACCAGGUUGUUAUUUUAAUGGAGGGAAAAGGUCAACGUGCUAGGAUAAACUUGAGAAUUAUUUGAAGCUCCUUUCUCACAAUGAAGACUUCUAUUACACUUUUUUGGUGCCUGGGGUUUUAAUUUAACACAUCAAUGAAGAAGCAGCGCUCCAGAACUAAGAGGUGUGGGGAACAGCAGGGCUUAAUUUUUAUUGUUGCAAUUUGUAAGAAAUUAGAAUAUUUUAUGAGAAACUCAUUAGCCAUGAGAGGGGAGGGCAAGGGGAGUGAAUUCACUUGUGGAGCUGAAAUUUAAAGUUUCCAUUGAUUUGUACAUUUAUUCCAGCUUCUUGUUGAAGCCAAGCUUUCAUUACUACUACUAUAGUUAGUGCCAGCUAUGUGCCUUGAUACUACUACUACUACUACUACUACAACUACAAGAUAAUAAUAAUAAAACUGGAUUGUGAGAUGCUGAAAAGGAUCUCUCCCUAUACUAGGUGAAGGGGCGUUAAAAUGGUAAAUGCAGUUCAGUAUAAACAAGUGUAAAGCGAUGAACAGUGGGGCAAAAACCACCCAAUUUUUCAUAUAAUCCAACAUACCACUCACUCAGAUGGCUUUAAUAGCAGAUGAGACAAAUUCACUGAGGAUAAGACUGCCAGUGAUCAUAGCUAAUCAUGAUCAGUGGCUACUGGUUGUGAUGGCUAUAUAUUGCCUCUGAUUCCAGUUUCUGGGGAGACAUCUGCCUGGCAACUGUGAGAAUAGGAUGCUGGACUAGAUGGGUCUUUGGACUGAUCCAUCUGGGUUCUUUUUAAGUUCUGAAGCUUGUAGAUGAAUGAUAAUGGACCCAGUUUACAUUUAGGUGAGCUAUGGUUAACCAGCUGAAGGUAAUUUAAAAACUGUGUCCCAAGGAAAUAUAGAGUUACUUAGUGGCCUCUCAGCAUCUCUGCAGCAUUAGAAUUGGUGGACAGGCUUGCAUGCACAUGCCAAAACCCCUUUUUGUUUUUUAAGCUCCAAUUUUGGGAAUAACUUGUGGAUUAUCAUUUGUCCACAGAUUUCUGUCCCCAACCCUCCUCACAGACUUAUUCUCAAUAGGAACACAAAGCUAAUGGUGUGGUGAGCUCUUUCAGACUUGAAAGAAACACUGAUCUCUUCAGCUCAGCUAGGGGGCUCUUUGUAGAUCCUGCUUCCUCUCAGACCGUGCUGGCACUAGAUUCUAUCCCAUGUGCAGAAACCUGUCUCUGCUUAUGGAUAGGUUUCCCUACAUUGGGGUCCAAUUAUGUAUGCCCAUAUAUCCAUACAAGGACACAUUUUAGGAAUGCACAUUCUUUCUAAUAUUGUAUUAUGAUCAUUCUUGUCAGCUAAUGGGCCUUGAAAGCAUGUUUUCAGUUUCAUUUACAUUCAAGGAUGCAGCAAAGCUUUUGAGUUACCUCGUGUCCUCGGAGAUUAAUAAGUUGUAAUGACUCCUUCAGUGAUUAUGUAUCUUAUUAUCCCAUUAAUGGAAGUUGUAAUGACUCAGUUCAAAUGCAUUGGUGAGUUGUAGAUUGCUUAGGCUGACAUAGACUUCUUGUAUUCCUUACAGAUAGAAAUUAAACAUGUGCUAAAACAUCUCCAGAAGCAAAAUAUGUGUGGGGUGUGGGGGUGUUAAGUUCUGCUGCUUAAAUCUCAUCUGCUCACAUCACAAGUAACUUUAGCUGAUUGGCAGGUGAGUGGGUUGGUUUUUUUUGUGUGUGUGAGAGGUGAAGCCUGGUGAGCCAAGAUUGGCCCAUAGAUUGGAAGUUCUUCAUCCCUGAUUUAAGAUCUUGAAAAAAGUUUUGUUGUCUACCACUUCCAUAAUAACAUGAGAAGAGCACUGCUUGAUCACACCAAAGAACUGAGUUCCGGUGAGUUCCAGCUGAAAAAAAGCCCUGCUCUGCAUGAUAAUAAAUUUAUCAAGCUCCAGGCACACAUGUAUGUCCUUUGUUCUUCAGCAUAUGAGAAAUAGGCUUUUACUCAGUCUCUUUCAGAGAGCCUCACAUCUUCAGUUUUUAAGAGAUUAUUAGUGUGACCUUUAAAAUGUUUGCAUGGCAUCCAAAUGGCAUUUUAAAUUGUCCCGCUCCCCAAGGGGUAUCUAAUGAAACUGAGAAUUUUAAAAAUCAGGUUUUUUUUAAAAAAACCAUUCUUCAACCACCUCACAACACUCCUAUUUCAUCUUAUUUAUACUGUUGUUUCUGUUUGGGCUAUAGAAGUGUAAAGUGCAACAGGGCAAAAUAUACUUAACUGGUAUUUCAUAUGAGCAUCAUUUUUAUUGCCGAUAAAUGUACAUGUAAAAUGUGAUAAAGGUCUCAGUAACUAUUGGUCAGGACUUAAUGAUCAGUAUCCCCUUUUGAUCUGAGCCUUUACUGGCUAUGUGAAGAGGAAGAAUUUCCUCUAGGAGGUGUUGCCUUCAUUGAUUGGCUAUGCCAUGUCUUUCUACUUUCUACUCGGUCUGUCUCAAUUCCUACUCCACCACUUUGACCCAGUUUUGUCUUGCGUAUGAUGUUUCUUUCAUGAGAUACUAACCUAGUAAAAGAAGGAGAAUCAAAACGUUAUCAUCAGUAUUUUGGAUCCUGUAUUUUCUUUCAUGAACAGAAACAGAAUUCACAUUUAUGGAACAAGGCUUUCCCAUGUCUCACCCACAAUAGUUUGGUGUGGAAUAUUGUGCCUAGGGUUUGCAGAUGGAGAUGGGAGUUGGUGGAAAACACACACACACACACACACACACACACACACACACACACACCCUUCUUCAAAUGAGCAGAGAAACAACUAAACAACUUGAGUGCCAAGCUGUUAUCUUGAGUGCGGGGGUGGCACCUUGAAUAAAAUAUUGUGGGGGCCCAGGUAAGUCCCACCCC